AAAAGCACGAGAAUGAAGCAGAUUGCAGUCCUGAUUCUAGCGUUCAGCUGCGCUGUAUGUGAAUUGUUAACUAUUGAAAAUGUUGACAAUGUGUGUCAUUGCUCAGGAUCAACCAGCUGCUGUGACAUCUACUCCCUCACUUCCAUAAGUCAAAACCUGGGAGCAGUGGGAGAGAAGGUGGCAAACUUGGCUGAGAAGAUUACACUUCUGGAGGCUAAGUUGCAGAACACUGAAAAUGAAGUCGUGGAGCUGCGGAGCCUGACUGGAGGCAAACCUCAGGUGGCCUUUUCUGCAACUCUCAGGGACAAUAGCACUGGAAACAUUGGACCCUUCACCAUUAAUACCCCACUUAAGUAUAAGAAGAUCUUCGCCAACACUGGAAACAGCUACAACCCUGCAACAGGCAUCUUCACAGUGACUGUCAGAGGAACGUACUUCUUUAGAUUCUCAAUGUUCAACAACCUCAGUCCUACUCCCAACUCAGUGGUGAGCCUCAUGAAGAACGGAGAGAGGCUGACGUCUGUGUGGGACACCGCAGGGUCUGAUGCCAACGACAUGGGGAGCAACGCCGUGGUCAUCGCCCUCGACGUGGGAGACAACGUGUAUGUGGAGAUCCAGGCGAAAAGGAUGGUCUAUGAUAAUCACAUGAACUACAACACCUUCAGUGGUUUUCUGCUCUUCACUGUGUAAUCUGCACGGGUCUUUACAGUAAAGGGAAUAUAAUCUCACUGACUGGUAGUCUGUGAAAGAUUAUUCACACAAAAGCCGAACUAAUGACAAGCUUCGUGUGGAUGUA